GGUGGCCGUAAACGCAACAACACGGAAACCACGAACCCCACACAGCUAUAUAUACUUCACUCAUAAUAAUAAAAAUACAGUGUGUAAUUAUAAGCAUCCGAGGGAUCCAACUGGAUAAACUACUGAAGAAGAAAGAAAAACAUCGAAGCUACUGUUUGUAUAAUGGCAGCCACCACUAAAACUUUGGAAAAUGUGAAAGCAAAUAUCUUAUCAGCUCAUAAAAGCACCACGUUGGCAGAAAAGGUGGACUUCUACAAUUCAUGGGCAGAGAACUAUGAUCAGGACAUGGCAGUUCUGGAGUACCGGGCACCGAGCCUGGCAGCAAACUGCGUCUCCUCCCAUUUCAGCGGUGAUCGUGGAGCAGCUGUAGUGUUAGAUGUGGCCUGUGGUACUGGACUGGUGGCCAAACAGAUGAAGAAACUUGGAUUUGGACACUUUGUGGGUAUUGAUGGAAGUGAGGCUAUGUUGGACUCGACCAGAGAGAGCGGGUUGUACCAGGACCUGAAGCAGUGCAUGCUGGGAGAGGGGCAACUACCUGUCCAGUGUGGUUCGUUUGAUGUGGUUGUGAUUGUUGGAGCUCUGAGUGAUGGUCAGGUCCCGGUUGGUGUCGUCAGACAGUUGUGCAAGUGCACCAAACCAGGUGGCUACGUUUGCAUGACUACCAGAAGAAACCAGGACAAUGUCGAAUACAAAGAGGCCCUGGAGCGAGAGCUGAAGCAGAUGGAGGCCGAUGGUCUGUGGACGUGUGUGGAGGUCUCUGAGGUGGAAGACUGGGAGCGAGCAGUGUCAGAGCAUGAGGACGGAUACAUACCUGGUGUUGUGUACCUCUAUAAGAGACUACAACUAUAGUAGUAAAGGUAGAUGUACAAAACACCUCAAGAAGG